AGGGCGAAUUGCCAAACCAGAUAAAUUGUGUGUCUUCAAUUCUGAGCAUUGAUCCUUGGUCGUCCUAGCAGUAUGCAUGUUUUUUUUCAGCAACAACUCUGACGUGCAAUCGCAUUAACCAAGAAGGAGCAAUUGACUAGUAAGCGGUCAAGUGACGUAGAGUUUCCAUUCGCAGGUUAAGGAAAGAAAUGCUGAGCACCAGUUCAGGCAAAACUGAAUCUGAGUUGAAAUCUGAUUACGACCGGAGAAGUGAGCUAAAGGCUUUCGAUGAUUCCAAAGCUGGCGUAAAGGGCCUUGUGGAUUCUGGAGUUGCAAACAUUCCCCAGAUGUUUAUCCAUGAAUCUAGUACAAAUGACAAGUCAAGUUCAGGCCACCAUAAUUUUACCGUACCAGUAAUAGACUUCGAUGGCAUACAAGAAGAUGCAAGUCUUCGUGGGAAGAUUGUUAAGGAACUUAAAGAAGCUUGCAAGAACUGGGGUUUCUUUCAGGUUAUCAAUCAUGGGAUUUCAUCAAGUGUUCUUGAUGAUAUGAUAAAUGGCGUGCGUAGAUUUCAUGAACAAGACACAGAGGUGAAGAAAGAAUUCUAUACACGCGAUGAAAUGAGAAGGGUAGCAUAUAAUACCAACUUUGAUUUCUAUCAAGCACCAGCAGCUAAUUGGAGGGAUUCUUUGUAUUGCCUUGUAGCCCCUCAUCCACCCCGUCCCGAGGAAUUGCCUGCAGUUUGAAGGGAUAUUAUGAUUGAUUACACGAACAAAGUGAUGUCAUUAGGGCUAAUUAUAUUCGAAUUGUUGUCGGAAGCUCUGGGGCUAAAACCCAGCCACUUGAAAGAUAUGGGCUGUGCAGAGGGGCUGUAUUUUAUAGGUCAUUACUACCCGGCAUGCCCGCAACCGGACUUGACCUUGGGCCUUAGCAAGCAUGCAGAUAGUGCCUUCCUCACGGUUGUUCUGCAAGACCAAUUGGGUGGCCUUCAAGUCCUCCAUGAAGAUCAAUGGAUUGAUGUUACCCCUAUUCCUGGAGCUCUAAUAGUAAACCUGGGAGAUAUGACACAGCUAAUUACCAACGGCAAGUUCAAAAGUGUGUAUCAUAGGGUGAUGGCAAAAAACACUGGUCCAAGAAUAUCAAGUGCCUGCUUUUUUAGAACGCAUUUGCAGCAAGAGAGUUCUUCUAGAGUGUAUGGACCCAUUAAGGAACUGCUGUCGGAAGAAAACCAACCAAUAUAUCGGCAAACGACUAUUAAAGAUUACGUCUCAUACACUUACUCAAAAGGGCUCGACGGGAACCCUCGACUGGAACAUUUCAAGCUGUAAAUUUGGUAAUGGAUCUUUCAAGUCACCGUAGCUAGGAUGUUGGUUGCGAGAUUGGGGACAGUUGGUUUUUUUGUUGGUGCUUUGAUCGUAGAUUAGGCCUGCACGUGAAAAACAGUUACUCGGUAGUCCGUCCUCUCAAAAUCAGGACGUCUGAUGGACCCCUUUUUGAGCUUUUAUGCAAUAAAACUUCUUCAUGUAUUAACUAUUGAACUCAUCAAGUACGAGUUUUCAUUUGCGCUCCGUACCAAGAGAAAUUUAUUUGUUUUUCACACAAAAA